CUUCAGAGCCUAUUUCAGGAGGCUUGAAUUUGCUCAACAGCGCCUGCCGGUCCUACUAAGUUGCUGCGCCGAACCACCCAUUUCGAGAUUCCAUUACACUCUGACAAAUGGCUGCUUCCACCCUCUCCGCUUCCGUUGCUCAGGCCGCCGCUGCACUCCAAUGCAGCGGCAGCAGCACCGCGACCAUUCGCGCGGAUCGGGUCUCAUCAGCAGCCGCUCUUUUCCCUUCCAGAUUCACUGGCCUGUCUGCCAGCAGCCCCGCGUCUCGCAGCGCUCGCACGCCAGGGCGCGGGGUCGCGAGGAGAGCCAAUGGGGUGGCGCCACGUGCGUCCGCGGAGGACGAGGAGCCGGUGACCAUUGACAACUCGACUGUGCUCGUGGUGGGCGGUGGCGGAGUGGGCAUGGAGGUCGUUCGCCAGCUGGCAAAGGCGGGCUCGUGGGUCACUGCCCUGCAGAGGGGGGAGAAGUUUCGGAAGGAGAUCGAGGGGCUGGGCGCGAUGCUGGCGGUGGGGGAUGUGAUGGCGCCGGGCACCAUUGAGAAGGCGCUGAGGGGGAACACGUUCGACGCCGUUGUCUCCACUGUUGGGGGCGGCCUUACAGACAUCAAGGUGGACUCGGAUGGCAACAUCAACGUCAUCGCAGCAGCAGAGAAGGCCGGUGUCCCUCGCUUCCUCCUCGUGUCCAGCAUAGGGGCGGGCGACAGCAAGGCGGCAGUGCCUGGGAAGGAGAUGGACGUGCUGGGGCCGGUGCUGGCAGAGAAGGAGAAGAGCGAGGAGCGGCUCAAGGCGAGCGAUAAGCUCAAGUGGACCAUCGUGCGCCCAGGGGGCCUGCUGUCAGAUGCCGCCAGUGGCUCGGGCAUCCUCACAGAGGACAGCAGUGUGGUGGGGGUCAUCUCCCGUGCUGACGUGGCACAAUUGAUUCUGCGCAUUCUCUUCGAGGAAAAGGCCGAGGGGAAGGUUUUCUCUGCCAUUGACUCUCAAAAGAAAUUCCCUGGAGCACCGGAGAAGGAAAUCGUUGAGUUCAAAGCGUAAAUCUAUUGUGCACAUUUAAGAGAUUACAAAAAGGCACUGAACCGUGUAUUCAGGCAUAUUGGAGUAACCGAGCACCCUUUAACAACGCAGCAUGUGAAUGGAUGCGUAGUGAAAUAACUUUGCAUGUGUAAUGGUUAUGCAAGUUAGGUAGUCAAUAUAUUCCAGUCUUCAUUGUGCGUUCGUG